CUCUUUUUUUUUUUUUUUCAAAAGGUUAUUAAUAAAACACUUUACAACCCUCUCAAAUAAAAAAAAUAAACCGCUCCUUUUUAUUUCUUCUUUUAUAAUCCUCAGUAUAUGGAAUCGAGCAUACGGUCUCAAUCGUCGUUCGUGUAUCAAGUUGCUCCCAAGGAUCUUGUCUGCAUUCAACUCGAGGAUCCCGAUCGCACCUAUUUCCCGGGUGAACGGAUCACUGGUUAUGUCAAGAUUGGAAUGAAACAUGGCAGUAGUUCCAGAGUGGCCAUUCAUUUAGCCUGCACUGCAAAACUGGGAGCUCGACACCUACCAUUAUUCAAAAUUCCGCUCCAACCAACACUGUUAUCCGCUCAUGCCACGCAUAUCCGGAUUCCAUUCAGUGUCAUGGUCCCUGGCGACGUCCCGUCAUCUGUCGAUCAUUCGAGAGUACCCGGAAAAAUUGAAUACAAAGUCAAAGCAGUACACGAGCUGAACGAUUUACCGAGUUGUGUCUGGCCCAAAGAGUCGGUGGUAGUCCGAGUCCAUGAACGUAUCUCAACGCUCGAAGAUCGAUACAUGAAAGGCAUGACGAGCGAAGGCCAGCUAUCGUUCAACAUUCCUCACGAUAUCACAUUGAAACAUUGCUCUUUUCGCAAAGGCGAACACAAAACGGCCUCGGCUUGGCUCCAUAUACCCGGAUCCUGCUAUCUUCCUGACCAAGUCGUUCCGUUCACAUUACGCGUCAAGCACUUUGCACCUAUCCGACAAAUGGACGGCGUCACAGCCUAUCUGGAACGUAUUACAAAAACUGUAUGCGAUAUGGAAAACUCAAUCGACACCGUCCGGAUUGCUCAAUUCACGCUACCGCUUUCGUGCGACGCAGACGACUAUCAGAGUAAAUUCACGAGCAACGGACUAAAAGUACCAAAGGAUACACCCCCGACCCUGGAUCGCGAACAAUUUCCGUUACAAGUUUCAUAUCGGAUACGCGUCGUUGUGAGUUUGGAUAUGGACGGUCUGCAGCUCAGAAAACGCGACAGAAUGGCCAACUAUAUGGGAAGGAUGAAAGUGCGGUUCAAUGAAGAAGAAAUAGCAGGAGGAUCGACGAUUGUGCUGGAUAUUCCGAUCAAAGUCGGCACGAGCGACGAGGAUUUGCCACCAUCGCCGCAUUCCAUGUCUUCGUUCAAAUCGUUGUUUGAAGCAGGAUAUGGAUUCUUUCAACAGGAUGAGCGAGGGAUGGUCCCACCAUCGCCCAUGUUGGGACCACCACCUGCAUACAACGCAGCAAUGAGUGAUACCAAUGGCAGUAGUAUCAUCAGCAGCAGCAGCAGCACCAACAACACUAAUAGUAGUAAUAAUAAUAAUAAUAGCACACCUACACUUGUGACACCUCCAACACCACAACAGUCCUCAUCAUCCAUCAUUGUAACGUUACGCCAGCUCACAUCUUCCUAUGAUCCCGUCGAUUCAGCAUCAGUAGCAUCGGCAUUAUCAGCUGCACAACGCUAUGCAACCGAUACCAAGCAAGCACCGCAUUUGCUAUUAUCAUCACCAUUACAGCCUCCCCCGUCACUCAUGCUACUCGAGGGUGCAAUCCCUAGGCAACCGUCUGCACCGAAUCUUCAAGAUCUUGAGUCGCCGAUACCCUUUACUGCUCGCGCAAACUCAUUGCAGCAUCGCAAUUUUGACAACAUGAUCCCAGACAACAACAACAACAACAACAACAACAAUGCCUUUUCAAAAGCGGGUAUUCAUGCACGAUCAUGGUCUGUUCCUGCAGACAAACAUAAUCCGAAAUACUUGCAUUCUCCUUUUGCUCAUCAUCAACACCAACAACACCCGCCAAUACCACAAACACCACAACAGCAACCGCCUCCACAAUACAUGUACCAUAAUCCGCCACCGGUCACCACACAUCAUCUUCUCUAUCAUCAUUACCAGCAACAGCAACAACAACAACAACAACAGCAAUACCAGCAGCAGCAACAAUCACCACAACAUCAUCGUCCUUGAGAAGGGGGAAG